AUGUCCGAAACCAGCAAAAUCCCCACGUCUACCGGCAACCACUCGAAGGAAAACCACACGGCAGACCCGACGGCGGGCCUUCCCUAUUACGAGAAAACGCGGCAACAGCUCAAGAUAUUAUUGGAGCAGAAGAGGAAUCUGGAGCGGCAUUUGGCGCUGCACGAAGAUGCGAUCUUUCGGAAGGAGACGGAAUAUUUAGAUGAGACGCCCCAGGGUAAUAUCAUUAAUGGGUUUGAUGGGUAUGCGAAGGGUGCGGGUGUGGGAGGGGUGGGGAGAGCGGGUGCGGGGACGGGUAGGAAAAGUGCGGCGGUGGGGGGGACGGAUAGACCGUUUAGUGGAAGUUCGCAUAGUUGGAAAUUGAAUGUGGAUUCUCCAGCACAAUCCGGAGCAUCGACGCCAGUAGCGGCCAUGGCGCCCACGCCUCUAUCAAUGACGUUCCACAAGACGAAUGGGGACAGCGCCUCGAAUCACGCGACGCCUGCAUCUGCUUCUUCGGGAAAGGGUAAGAAGAAUAAGAAGAUGGCUGGGGCGGAUGAUAGUGAGACGGAAUCGAAUACCAAGGAAAUGAUGGGGCAUAAGAAGGCGAGGACAAAUUUUGGAGCUGUGAGGAAAUGA